UUCGCAGGUUCAGUCUUGUGUAGAGUUUAGAUCCUUUCUGUCUCUCUCCUGGUGUAAGGUGUAUCACCUCUUCCUAAAGAUUCUAACCAUUUUUAAAUUUUCCAGAGAAAGACCGCAUAAGUUUUUUUUUUCUUUUGAGGAGAGAGAUAAUGACAAACGCCGCUUGUGUCGUACGUCACUCUAGGAAGCUAAGAAAUGUUCAGAACAUACUUAGAGAUAAGCCGGCUAUUCUGGCCCGUAGGUUCUCCAAAGAGGCAUUUUCGUCUAACAAUACAGGAGAUGAUAUCUUAAAGAUCCAACAUGGAAAUUUUCAUGGAAAGAAAGAUGGCAGAUUUCUUGGAGGCAAUCCACAUAUUCUUAAUUCGUCGGCGAAAGUUCUUAGCAUCUUCACGAUAUCAAGAACUACAAAAAGCAGUUCCACAACUGGCUCAGUAUUCUCCACUCCUUUUCUAGGGUCGAAGGUGUCCUUCAGACGAGGUUUUUCAACUUCAGCAGGGCUUCCUCCACAUCAAGAACUUGGAAUGCCUUCUCUUUCUCCUACAAUGACAGAGGGAAACAUUGCACGAUGGUUGAAAAAAGGAGAUAAACUUACCCCUGGAGAAGUAUUGUGUGUAGUUGAAACCUAUAAAGCAACAGUUGAGAUGGAGUGCAUGGAGGAAGGGUAUCUUGCUAAAAUCGUCCAUGGUGAUGGAGCAAAAGACAUUAAAGUUGGCGAGGCGAUUGCCAUAACAGUGGAAGAUGAGGAUGAUAUUGCCAAGUUCAAAGAUUUCAAGUCUUCAUCGCCAGAAUCUACAGAUGAAGCGAAAAAUCCUGAGCCUACUCCACCCAAAAAAGAGGUAGCUGAGCCUGUCAGUCCACCAAAGAGAAUGGACUCAAAGGUUGAAAAAGCUCGUUUUUCUCAAUCAGGAGAUCGUGUUUUCUCCAGUCCUCUUGCACGGAAAUUGGCAGAAGAUAAUAAUAUACCUCUUGCAAGCAUCAAAGGAACCGGUCCUGAUGGAAGCAUUAUAAAGGCUGAUAUCGAGGAUUACUUGGCAUCUGGUAAGAAGGGGACAUCUGCACCAGCUUCCAAGGCUCAAGGGGAACCAGCAAUGACUACAUUAGAUUACACUGAUCUCCCAGUUUCUCAGAUUAGAAAGAUAACGGCUUCACGUUUAUUGCUCUCGAAACAAUCAAUUCCUCACUAUUAUUUGACAGUGGACACCUGCGUGGACAAGCUUAUGGAUUUGAGGGGCCAAUUGAAUUCCUUACAAGAAUCUUCUGGUGGAAAGCGUAUCUCCAUUAAUGAUCUUGUAAUAAAGGCUUGUGCUUUAGCUCUUUGUAGAGUUCCUCAGUGUAACAGUUCAUGGACAAACGAUUACAUCCGACAAUACCAUAACGUGAACAUCAAUGUUGCCGUCCAGACAGAGAAUGGACUGUUUGUUCCUGUUGUUAGGGAUGCGGACAAGAAGGGUUUAUCUGCAAUUUCGGAAGAGGUCAAACAUUUGGCUACAAAAGCUAAAGAAAACAGCUUGAAACCAGAAGAUUAUGAGGGAGGCACUUUUACUGUAUCAAAUUUGGGUGGUCCUUUUGGAGUCAAACAAUUUUGUGCCAUCAUUUAUCCUCCACAGUCUGGAAUCCUCGCUGUUGGGUCAGCUGAGAAGAGAGUUGUACCUGGUACUGGAGUAGAUCAAUACAAGUUUGCUUCCUACAUGGCAGUGACAUUAAGCUGUGAUCACCGUGUAAUUGAUGGCGCCGUUGGUGCAGAGUGGCUAAAAGCAUUUAAAGGAUAUAUCGAGAAUCCUGAGUCAAUGUUGCUCUAAAGCCAUUUACAUAUUCCUUCCAUCCUAUACUAUUUUCUUCUUUGGUAAUUUUGAAUAAGGUAUCCCUAAUUUCUUUUGAAGGUAAAUUUCGUAGAAAAACCCCUCACCCCAAUUCUUCCUAGGUGAGAUAUUAAGUGCUAAGUUGGGGGGUAUCUGAGAGAUCAAAGGGUUGCUGAAUAUACCAAUCCUGGUCAACUGAGUUUUGCUGUUUGUAUAGAGUGCAAAUCACCCCCAAAUUAUAAAAUGUUACAAUAAGCAUCUUUCAAGUUCUUAAUGUUGGAUUGGGAAAUUUAUUAAGCUAGAGUAUUAAUCGAAUUACUAAUUGAUUUAA